CUUCAUGGCUUCAGACCUAAGGCCUCUUCUUCUUCUUCCUCUUUUCUACCUUUCUUGCUCUCUUUCUCUCACACUGACAUCCUCACAACCAACCUUGCAAAGGAACAUAGAGACCUUCUUCCCGUCCCUCCCUUCUCCAGCCUUCCAGUAUCCAUCGUCUCCUCCGGCGCCGUCAUCUUUGAGACCGACAGAUACCGGUGUCACAAAGGCCGUCGUCGUCGCCGCCGUCAGCAGCUGUGCCUUCUGCGGCUUCCUCUUCGUCGUCUUCUAUUUCUUCGUCGCCAGGCGGCGUGAGGAGAAAGCGGUACAACCCGUGAAAAGCACCCGCUUGCGGCCGCUGCGAUCCAAUGCGAAUCCUGCGCGGCGGAGGAGUGCGUUCGUGGACGACGAUGGCUUGGAUGCUCUGUACUGGCGCGAGUUCGACACGAAGUUCUGCAGUCACUGCAAUAAAGGGUAUCUGUUCGGGCCGAGGGAGGACGCCGAUGAAGAACGACGCGAGUAUGAUGUGUUCGCUUCGCCACCAGGAAACGAUCGGAGGAUUCAAGAGAAUUCAUUGCUUCCGGCUAGCUUCAUCGAUUCAUCGUCACGGAAUUUUCAUGAUCGGAGCUCCUAUUGGCGGAGACCGACGCAGGUCAAUCAGCAAUUGCCACCGGCGUCAGGUAGAGCCAUACCAUUGACGUCACGGCAAUCGUUGCUUGGAAGCAGCUCGACAAGCUCGCAACCGCCCAGUACGGCCAUGUUCUCGGCAUCACAUUCGCCACCGCCCCAAAGUGGCUCGCCGUGGUCGCUACUAGCGGCACCAACAGAGACCAGUAAUAUGUCACAGCCGCCAAGACCACCGGCUCCACCAUCUCCUCCGCUACCACCGACGACAAAGUUCAAUGCGGCAACUCCACCGCCUCCUCUGCCACCAGUGAUGAAUUCGAACGCCGCGGCGCCUGCUCCGCCUCCUCCGCCGCCAGUGAUGAAGUCGAACGCCGCGGCGCCUGCACCGCCUCCCCCACCGCCGGCGACGAAAUCAGUUCCAAAACCCGCGCCGCCUCCGCCACCCCUGCCAAACAACAAUAAUCCAGCACCGGCAGCGCCACCACCGCCACCAGGCGGUCGCCGCCCGGGCGGUGCGCCAUCUUCGGGGCCUCCGCCACCGGCCCCAGCGCGGACAUCGGCUGCAGGUGCGGCGGACGGUGGGCCCAAGAAGCUGAAGCCAUUGCACUGGGACAAGAUGAACCCCAUUAACGUUGAACAUUCAAUGGUGUGGGACAAGAUCUCCAAUGGCUCAUUAAAGGUUGACGAAGACACCAUGGAAGCUCUCUUCGGUAGCGCAUUCAGCAACAGGAAAGCAGUCGACGCCGCCGCCAACCCCUCCACUUCCAAGGCGGCCAUCACUCAGAUAGUCCUGCUGGACCCGCGCAGGUCGCAGAACAUCGCCAUCGUCCUGCGGUCGACGGCCAUCAGCCGCCGAGACAUCAUCGACGGCCUCACCGAGGGCUGUGGCCUCAGCACCGACGUCCUCGAACGGCUCACCAAGAUCGCCCCCACCAAGGACGAAGAGAAUCUCGUCCUGGGAUACACCGGCGACCCAUCCAAGCUCGCCGACGCCGAGUCGUUCCUCUUCCACAUCCUUCAUGCCGUCACCGUUCCAUUCGCCCGCCUCGACGCCAUGCUUUUCAGGUCCAACUACGCGCUCGAGGUGGGCACCUUUAAGCGAUACCUGCAGGUUCUCGAGCAGGCCUGCAAGGAGCUCAAAACGCCCACCCGGGGUCCCUUCCUGAAGCUGUUGGAGACCGUGCUCAAAGCCGGCAACCGCAUGAACGCCGGCACAGCGAGGGGCAACGCCCAGGCCUUUAACCUCACGGCGCUCCUCAAGCUGGCCGACGUGAAGAGCAGCGACGGGAGCACCACGCUGCUCCACUUCGUGGUGGAGGAGGUCGUGCGAUCGGAGGGCAAGAGCCUGGUCGUCAACCGCAACUACAGUCUCCAUCGCUCCAACAGCGGCGCCACCCUCGACCGGUCCACGAGCCGCUCCGCAGGACGGGAAGAGAGGGAGAAGGAGUACAUAAUGCUCGGCCUGCCCAUCGUCGGUGGACUCAGCGACAAGUUCGCCAACCUGAAGAGGGCAGCGGGCAUCGACUACAGCGAGCUCAUAACCACCUGCCCGACGCUGCAAGCCCGCGUGACAGAGAUCAGGCGGGUGCUGGAGACGUGCGGCGUGGGCGGGUUCGCGAGGGAGAUGCAGACCUUUGUCGAGGAAUCAGAGGAUGAGCUAAAGGCGGCGAGAGGAGAGCAAGCGAGGGUGUUGGAGCUGGUGAAGAAGACUACAGAGUACUACCAUGCCGGUGACUCCAGUGUCAAAGGGGCUCACCCACUCCAGCUCUUUACGAUAGUGAAGGAUUUCUUGGAUAUGGUGGACAAGACCUGCGUCGACAUUGCUAGGAAUAUACAGCAGAAAAAGAAGAAGCACUCGCCGGCGGCGGCAAGAACGGGGUCCGGGUCCACGUCGGCUUCACAGUCGGAACCGUCGUCGAGGGAGGGAUCGGAGAGGCGGAUGAGACCGAUGGCCAGGUUCCCAAACUUGCCGCCCGAUUUCCUAUACCGUAAUUCGAUGUCGGAUUCGAGCAGCGACGAGGACUGAGGGGAAGGUCGGGGCGGAGAAAGCGGACGCGGUGAGGAAGAAGAAGACCGGCAUUAAUUUUUCGUUGCCCAAAGGUGCAUUGUAUGACUAAUUUCUCAUCGAAUAUCUUAUCGGUUUUGUGAUUAGUAGGACGAUCCACUGACUCACACAUUACCCAUCACACAUUACAUCAAUUUUUGUUCUUACAAACAUACUGAUUAAUUUAAUUGGUAAAGCGUUGACUUCGAUGUAUUAUAUCAAAUCCAAAUCAUCGUAUCUUUUG